AGCUGUAAGAAUGUCGUCCGCGUUUCGGAAGUAUUUAUAAAAUCUUCAAAUCUAUAAAUAAACACUGUUCAAAUUUAUAUGCAACACGUUAUAGUAUAAGUUCUUCUAGUGUUAUGUGUAAAUAUAAUUAAGACGCAGUGAUCAUGUGUAAUAAAAAUCACAAUGUUUAUUUACAAUGAGACAACGAUUUGUGUAUAUGCUUUAAAAAUUGUAAACUAAAAUCUGGCGCGGUAAUUGGAUUUACGAUAAAAACUACUACUAUUGUACUAAAAUGUCUGGUUCUUAGUAUAAAAGUGUAUUCGUAUGUAAGAAUAAAUCAAAUUUUCGUUAAAUAAAAAAUGCCGGGUAAAAUAAAAGUGAAGGUGUUAGCGGGUCGCAAUCUGCCAGUGAUGGACAGGGCUAGUGACACCACUGAUGCCUUUGUGGAAAUUAAGUUCGGAGGAGUCACCCACAAAACGGAUGUAUGUCGGAAAUCGCUGAAUCCUCAUUGGAACAGCACCGAGUGGUAUAGGUUUGAGGUUGACGAAUCAGAACUCCAAGAUGAACCGCUUCAGCUGCGACUGAUGGAUCACGAUACAUAUUCAGCUAACGACGCCAUCGGGAAGGUGGUCAUCAGUCUUGCUCCUCUCCUAGCUCGGGAGGCGAAUAACGCCAACGGUACCACCGGCCCACCUGGUGGUGCUGUCAUGUCAGGGUGGAUACCAGUCUUCGACACGAUGCACGGUACUCGCGGCGAGCUGAACAUCAUCGUCAAAGUUGAACUGUUCUCUGACUUCAAUAAAUACAAAACAUCAAGCUGUGGGGUUCAGUUCUUUCAUUGCCCAAUGAUCCCUCCUGGAUAUAGAGCCACGGCCAUCCACGGCUUCGUCGAAGAGCUCAUUGUGAAUGAUGAUCCAGAGUAUCAGUGGAUCGACAAGAUCAGGACACCGAGGGCUUCUAACGAGGCGAGACAGGUCGCCUUCAUUAAACUCAGCAAUCAAGUGCAGCGUCUUGUAGGUGUCAAAGCAGCUGAGCUGGGUGCUAACGCUGUCGUGGGCUACCAACAGGACUUCGAUCUGGAGGGAGAGGCGGGUGUUGUGGCACGAGCCAUAGGUACGGCCGUCAAUAUAACAGCUCUACCGAUACCCAAUCUCCACACGAAUAUACCGUGCACCCAACAACAAUUAAAAAAAUACUUGGACAUUUUGGCGACAGACGAAGACAGUAUCACAGACCUGAGUCAAUAUUAUCAGAGUCAUCAGGAGGAGUUGUUGCGUAUCGUUAGUAUCUUGAACCCUAAGACGUGUAAUUUACUGGACGGACCUGACGUUGAUGACGAUGAAAAGAGCGUAGAUCUUAAUCUUCAAAAGCAAUCUGGUCAGAGAUCAUAUACAGGAGAAUUAUCUCUAUAUAACGAAUAUUAUGCAAGAAAGAGUUUAAAAAACUUAUCAGAAGAUCAGUUAAACAUAAACAAACUUUUAAAUAGAGUCAAUUCUACCGAUUCGAGCGGUCCACUACAAACAAUCAAAAAGCUGAAAGACAAUUUAUUUUCAAAAAAAUUUAUAAAAAAAUCACGCAAACACGAAAAUGAUGAUCAGGUGUCUAUAAAGUCAUCUUCCUCUGACACUUCGCGUAUAUCGUUCAAUGAUCUAAAAAAGGAAAUUAAGAAGAUAAAGAAAUUAAAAAUUCCCAAGCUAGUGAAAAACGACAAUCUCGCUGAUGAAGGAGUUGGGAUGGCGUCAAUCCUGGUGAGAUCCGUGUUUCAUGCACAUACAAGUUUGGCCCGUAUUUCUGAAAGCAUUGACUCAGAGCAUUCACCUUGUUCGACCUUGAGAAGAACCAGUGAAUCCGAACCGAACGUAAACACGGCAGAACAUGACAAAAAAUCCGAUGCAAACAUUGUGCUUGAAAGUCAAGUUAAAGAAAUUCCUGAAAUUCAUUGCAGUUCUUUGGAAAAUAUCAAAAGUAUUGAAAAUGUCGAACCCGAAAGAAAAAUAUCGGAGUCGUGUCCUACAACUCCUAUUGUAAUUAGAACGGAAAAUUUCUUAAAGUUACCUGAUGAAGAUGGGUACUAUGGUUCAAUUUCCUCCGCACUAUCAGCGGAGAGCUCAGACAUUUAUAGCAGCUCUGAGGAAGACGAUGAAAGCUAUUCGUAUAAAAAUGAUCAGGAACAAGCCAUUGAGACUACUAGUUCCCUUGUAAAAUCAGUCCUGAGUUCCGACGUAGAUCCCCAGUUUAUAGCUCAAAUGGAAAAGAAACUUACUGUUCUUGAAUUAACUAAUAGUGAAUUAUCAAAUAAUGCUACAAAUUUCGUCAAAACAGUGACAGAAGCAGAAGUCAAACCUACAUGUGAAAUUUCAAAAUUGGUGGAACAAUCGAAAGAUGUUAGCGAUAAUUUGAAUGCAAAGGAAAAUGUGGCUUCCAUCUCGACACCGCGUAGUGAUACAACGUUUGUACCAUCCAAAAUAAAUAAUUCGCAUUCUUUUAGAAUUCAUAAUCCUUUUGCACAUAAAAAAACUCAAAAAAGUUUGAGUGCGCCAUCAUCCCCUAUAGAAAAAAAAAGUUUCAUGUAUCGCUCCUCAAAGCGGAUCAAGCGACAUUUGUCGAAAAUAUCACAUAGUAGCAUGAUUAAAAGUUUAUCUCACUAUUCUCUUCUUCCAAAGAAAAAGCAAGUGGAGCCUAAAACUGCUCUUAGUGAACCUGGGUCUGCUUCCGACGUCACUUCUAAAGCCCCUAGUGACACAGUGUUAGGAUCUCCUUUUCUAUCUUACAACGAUUUACUGAGCCUUGAUAAAGAUGGAUUCUAUUCCCUAAAUCGUCUCCAUAAAAGUGAUGAAAUCAUGCCCAAUAAAGUGUCUAUGUACAUUGGAUCAGAACCUCAAUCUAGAGCCUCCUUCAGCGGUCCGUCUUCAAAACAAGAUAACAAUUUUCAAGAACAGAGAUCGUUCAAAAGACAAAAGUCGAUACUAAAGCCGACCGGGCUAAUACAGACUGCCAUGGAGACUAUUUUGAUAGAUAAAGUUGAAUCUCUGUUAAUACCUACGAGUCCUGAACCUGUUACUCCUGAUAACCAAAAAUUUUUCGCUGACGUUAAUGAAAAAUUGGCAAAAGUUGAACAAGCACAAUGUAGGCAAGCUGAUAAUGAAAACAAUAAUAGUUCGGAAAAGAAGGCUCGAAAAUUGGUGAGACAAGACAGCAUCCAUUCAACGACUGACUCAGAAUCGUCCAAAAUGUCCAAGUCACUCCAACUCCCAAACCCUUGCAAAGUUAAUCCUUCGCCGGUGUUGCAGCAUUUCCAUCCCAUUCUUAGCGGCGUCCCUUUAGAGACCAUACCAUCUCUGCCGGAAGACAGUGUAGAUAGAACUGAGAGUCUAGACGUAGAUGGUGUAGUGGAAUCUACUAACAGUGUUAGCGUGUGUUGUAACUCGCAUGCAGCGUGCGGUGUUGACAGGAGCGAGCGAGAACGGGAUAGGUAUGCCGAUAGGUGUGAGAGGGAAAAAGGAUCGCCGAGACACGCGAGGCACGAAUCCUAUGGAGGGAAGGAUCCGGCAAGCAGCGUGCCCGCACAGAACGCAUCACUGAACUCAUCGUCCACUCCGAUGGGAAUACAUCGACGAUCGUCUGAUUCUGAUCUGAGUGUUACUCCCAAAGGCAGCUCUCUAAACGCGUCAGCCGGCAACACAGUCACCGGCGGCGCGAUACUGCGACCUUCUAUGAACAGCAAUAACUUGGAUAUGUUGGAAUAUCCAUUCUUAACUAUGACGGAAUACCCUCCCGGUUUUAUUGUUCACAUUGGUGGUACAGUGUGUGCCAGGUCUGUGAAGCUGGUGGACGGCGGGGGUGAGAGCGCGUCUCGCGCCGCGUGGUGGGCGGAACUGCGGACGGAGCUCAGAGCACACGCCAGGGCUCUCCGCUGUACGGCAGUGCUGGCCUACAGCGAACGAGCUGCAGUCAGGGAGGACGUUUGUGUGCUCUCCGUCUCCGGAACAGCGGCGGUCAUCAAUCUAGACUGUGACUUCACGCUCGAUGAGACAGCUGCUUGUCCUCGAGACGAGGAGCCCGAGUGUCGCUCGGCGCACGUCCCGUACGCUCCCGGCGCGGGGCCGUACCGGGCCGAGCUCGCUCUGUGUGGGUCAUGCAGGAGGGCUCGUGUGCCGUCCGUGAUGUUAGCUACGUGCGCUAAGCCCAGUCGCCUCACGGCCUACGCUAAGGCCAUCACUCUCACAGCUGUCGCUGCUCGUGGUCGUCGCUCGGUAGGGUCGGAGGCGGGCGCCAGGGACCUCUCCGACCAGCUGCCCUUCCUGGAGUACGAGCUGCAUAAGCUGCUACUGGCUAAGCUGAGGAUGCAGGGCGCCAACGCGUUAUUCUCGCUCCAGACUCAGAUAGCCAUCGGAGAGCGAUGUGUGAUGGCGCUGGCCAGUGGAACAGCUGUCAGGCUGACGGCUCUGCCCGCGCCCACCUCACCCAGGAUCAAGACCUCGGAACAUGACAAGAACGCUUUGGAAAUACAGAAGGCUCUCUGGGAUACUUUUAACACGAACAAGGCUGCGAACGGAUAUGACGUCUGCCUGCCGGGUCCGGAGCCGUCAGCGGGGUCCCUGGAGGGCGAGGAGGACCGCGUCCCCGCCUUAGAACUCAGCGCUGACAAAGAUACAUGUGUCUUAGAAUUAGACGAAGCUGAAGAUGUGGAGACGGCCAAAGCCCUAGCUAUCCGUCGGAGUCACAUGCCGGUGUACACGAGCGCCCUGCGGACCCUCAGCGGAGCCCCACCUCACGCCUUUAUGCAGGUGUGGCGUGCUCGUCUGUGUGGCGCGGCGGCCGGGGAGCGUCUGGCGGCGGGUUCCCUGGCCGGGGCGGCCUACAAGCUGAGAAGACUCGCGCCCGCCGCACUCGCCCCAUCAGUUUUUCACCUGGAUUUGCCCGAGGACGAAAUACAAUUGAUGGUACUUGGCACGGCCAUACCGUUAGUGGACCCGUCCAAGGCAGAACACACCAACGGUACAGAAAAACAGUACGCUGAUACUGAGGAUGAUAUCUUUGAACUGGAUGAAGAGCAGCUAGUGAAACAUGACCCCGGAGAGGACAAACACACUCCCACUCCGUCAGGUCAAGUAUCUCUGACUACCCUCAGCUCCGUUCAAGGCAGCAAGGUCUCCAGGCGGAUCUGUUCGCUUCGUCUUCUGUUUGUAAGAGAGACGACCGCUGUCAGGGAGCUCGGCGGACUCAGCGGCUUCCUGCACUCGUUCACCAGCGAGGUGUUGGCUAUAGUCCGCGCGUACACCGCCGCGCUGGGCGGGAACGCUCUGACGUCACUCUACCUCGCGCACUUACUGCUGCAUCACCACGCACACAAGAACCAAGGCCAAUGUCUUCUGUCCGUGGGCGGAGACGUCGUCCAUAUAACGUAUUGAACUAUUAAGAGAAAUAUCAAACAAAAUGUGUCUGUUGCUGGAUAGUGAGCUCUCAUCACAGUUUUUGUAUUCUAUGGAUAAGAUGUUUGUGAAGAUAUUAUUAUACGCCGGAGGUGCGUUAAUGAAAAAUGAACCGUAAUGUCUGUCAAUUAAAAUUUACUUUUCAACGUUAACUCAUUGGAAGUUUUAGAAAAUUGAUUUAAUAAAUUGUAACCUUGUGGUGUUCAGUUCAUGACAAAUAUUUUUAUUACAAAUAUUUCAUAAAUUUC